AUUCUGCUGUUAUUUUGAUUUGUUUUCAUUUUUCACAUUGAGCACUACAAUAUUUUCACAUAUAUAAGUUCAUAUUAGAAAAAAAUUAGAAAUCGGUUGAUUUCAAUUUCUUCAAGUACUUUCUUUCUACUCGUGGUUUUCGAAAAGAAGACGAAGAAGAGAAAUUGUGUGAGUUUAUGUGCGUAUAUUUUGAAUAUUGUUAAAUUGCGGAAAAACGCAAAGCAAAACAAAUAGAAAAUAUGGCAGAUAAAUAUGAUUUAUCAAAAUUUCGAUUGGAACGCAUUUUGAAUAAGAACAGCAAAACAAAAACCAUCUGUGUCUUGGGCACAUUUCCGUCCGAAUUAGCGGCUGACACAAGGUAUCCAGCUAUUGUUGUACUUGAAAAAACUGCGUUCACUGACUAUAAUGUUAACACGGCAACCAAUGAUGAUCGUGAUGAUGAUGAUGAUGGAAACCAAUGCAAAUCAUACUUUAGUCAUGAGACGAAAUUAAAAGAAGAGUUUUUAAACGAUAUUUAUGGAAAUUUUCUGUGCUUUCCAAAACCAGAUAUUAAUAGUGUAAAGUUGAACAUAAUUUCCCCAUGCACGGAGAAACACAUUCAGAAGUAUUCAUCGCAAGAAAUCUUUAUCGUGCUGGAAACACCGUAUUUGUAUAAAACCGUCACUGAAUCACGAUUACAGCUCGAAUCUGAACAAUUCACCUUGGAUUGGGUCUACAAUAUCCUCGAGCAUAAAAAAGAAGCGGAUCGCAUAAUCGUCGAAGAUCCAUGCAAGACGCUUGGAUUUAUCCUAUUGCCUGAUUUUAAGUGGGAUGGGAAAACUUUGGAAACAUUCUAUGCCAUUGCUAUUGUUCAUCAAUUAAAUUUGAAAUCGUUACGAUCAUUGACUGCUGAACAUUUGCCACUGCUUCGAAAUAUUCAGACAAAAAGUGUUACUGCUAUCAAAACAAAGUACGGCUUGGAUUCAUCACAAUUGCGUAUUUACAUACAUUAUCAACCGUCAUUUUAUCAUUUACAUGUCCAUUUUACAUAUUUAAAAUAUGAAGCGCCUGGAAUUCAUUGCGAAAGAAGUCACAUGCUCAGCACCGUGAUCAAUAACAUCGAAUUGGUAUCCGAUUACUAUCAACGUGCAACAAUUCCGUUUACUAUAAAAUCGUCGGAUCCCCAUUAUUUGAAAUAUUUUCCACCUGAUGCCGAUGACAACGCAGAACCUAUAGCUAAAAAGCAAAAAAUCGGCGAAUAAAAUUCCUCAUUCGCCGAUAUUUAU